AUGACAUCGUACCUCGUCGCCGCCGCGUUUGUCGUGGGCCUGCACUGUCUGUACGUCUCUGCGGUGCGGUACGCCCGGCUGCGCGACAUCGAGGCGCGGUACGGCGGCAAGUACAGCCACACGCUCGAGGAGCGCAAGCGGACGGGCAAGCCGCGCAUGAUCGACACGUACACGGGCGUGCGCGACGCGCAGCGCAUCGUGCGGCUGGUCAACAUGUACGAUGCGCCGUACCUGUACGGCAAGGCGAUCGAGUUUGGCCUGUUCAAGACGUACGCCAUCCCGACCAUCUCGAGCCUGCUCCUCGCGACGGGACAGCUGUCGAGGUCCGACAAUGCCCCGCGCCGCUACGCCGAUACGGCGGGACUCAUCCAGGCCUUUCUCACCUACCCGCUUCCCCCGCUCGACUUCGACGGCCAGGACGACCGACCCGACUCGCCCGAAAGCUGGGAGUGCGUCGGCGACGACAUCUCUGACCCGCGCUCCGCCAUCGCCCUGGCCCGCAUGAACUUCCUCCACUCGCGCUGGAACGCCAGGAUCUCCAACGACGACCUCCUCUACACGCUCUCGGUGUUUGUCGUCGAACCGGUAUCCUGGCUCGAGCGGCACGAGUGGCGCCCCAUGUCGCGCCUGGAAAAGGAGGCCCUGUUUGCCAUGCUCUACCACGUCGGCAGGUGCAUGGGCAUCCGCGACAUUCCAGAGACGUACGACGAGCUCGCCGCCUGGAGCGAGGCCUACGAGGCGCGCCAUGCCGUCUUUGCCGAAUCGAAUGCCCAAGUGGCCACCUACACCUUCGACCUGCUCCUCUACCACGUCCCCGCCUCGCUCCACACGCUCGGACGCCAAUUUGCAGCCUCGCUGAUGGACGACCGCCUUCGCGCCGCGUUCGCCAUCCCGACGCCGCCGAGGGCCGUGUGCGCGCUCAAGGACACGCUGCUGUGGCCGAUCUACUCGCGCCCCUUUGCCAAGGGCAGCCUCGGGUGGCUGCUCGAGACGAUCAAGGUGCGAGCCGGGCUGCUGGCCGAGGAGGACCGUCGCGGGUCGAGCAAGUGGAGGGCUGCCACGCUGCCCCAGCAGCCGCAGGGACCCGUCCAGGGCCUAGGCGGCUUCCGCCUCGAAGAGAUGGGCCCCCAAGGCCUCGAGAGCAAGGGCAGGGAGCAGGUGCUGCGCAACGCCGAGGAGCUCCUCGGCCGUCCGCUCGCGGGUCCGUGGGCCUUUUCUGCGUAG